AUGCCGGAGAGGCUGAUCACGCUUGUCGGGCUCGUCGGCCUCGCGACCGCGCAGUUCCCGCCCACCCCCGAGGGGAUCAAGGUGCUGAAGUCCAAAUUCCACGAAAAUGUGACCAUUUCUUACAAAGAGGUCCUUAUCCUUCAGCCCGGUAUCUGUGAGACCACGCCCGGAGUCAAGUCGUACGCCGGCUACGUGCAGCUACCCUCGGGGACUUUGAAUGAUGUCGAUGGGGAAGCUCAAGACUAUCCAAUCAAUACAUUCUUCUGGUUCUUUGAAGCGCGCAAAGCUCCGGAAAAUGCACCCUUGGCAAUCUGGCUUAACGGCGGACCUGGAGGCUCCUCAAUCAUGGGCCUCCUUGAAGAAAACGGCCCCUGCUUCGUUAACGAGGACUCCAAGACGACCCGUCUGAAUCCAUGGAGUUGGAACAACGAAGUGAACCUCCUCUACAUCGACCAACCAACCCAGGUCGGUUUCUCCUACGACAUCCCAACCAACAUCACCAUCCACGCCGACGAGAACUUUGAGAAUGGGCCAUGGGGCAUGUUCCCCGCUGACUUCAGCGAUGGUGUCCCCGAGGGAAACUACACCUACCGGUACGGCACGGCAUCCAGUCAGAAGCUAUCGCAGACAUCGAACACCACGGCGCAUGCUGCGCACGCUCUAUGGCACUUUGCGCAGACUUGGUUCUUUGAGUUCCCUGGCUACAAGCCCAUUGACGACCGGGUUAGCUUGUGGGCCGAGUCGUACGGAGGACACUAUGCGCCUGGAAUCUUCCGCCAUUUCCAGACGCAAAACGAGUUGAUUCAGAAUGGCUCUUCGCCCGAAGAGAAUGCCCAGUAUAUCCACCUUGACACGCUUGGAAUCGUCAACGGCCUCAUUGACCUAUCGAUCCAAGGCGAGGCUUGGAUCACGUUCCCGUAUAACAACACCUACGGAAUGCAAAUUUUCAACGAGUCUGUUUACAAUGCGUUGAUGCACAACUGGACCCGCCCGGACGGAUGCAAAGACCGAAUCCUCAACUGCCAGGAAGCUCUCAAAGAUCAUGGACCGCUAGUCGCCAAUGGUAUCAAGAAGAACUACACUGAGAUUUGCGGCGACUUCCUUGCCGAGUGCGGCUUCAACGCCGUCGAAAUCUACCAGGGCAAAGCCGAUGGAAGGGGCUGGUAUGAUAUCGGACACAGCAAAUAUGACCCUUUCCCGGCCCCGCACUUGUACGGGUAUCUCACCGAAGGCGAGGUUUUGUCGUCUCUUGGCGUGCCUGUGAACUACUCGGAAUCGUCUGGGGCAGUGGGCAUCAGUUUCCAACAUACUUUCGAUGGAGAUCGCGACUACGCCUGCAACUGGGUUGGCGGCGAGAAGGCCAGUCUGGCGAUCCCCUACAACCGAUCGAUAGACUUUGCCAACGCCGGGUACGCCCCGCUCAUCACCCCCGAUGGUGUGACGGGCAUGACGCGCCAGUUUGGCAAUUACAGCUUCUCCCGCGUCUACCAAGCCGGUCAUGAGGUGCCGUCUUAUCAGCCCGUGACUGCGUACGAGAUCUUCAUGCGGGCGACGUUCAACCGGGACAUCGCGACGGGACUCAUACCCGUCACGGACGAGCUGUCGACGAUCGGCGUCAAGGACACGUGGCACAUCAAGAACAUCCCGCCCCGGGAGCCGGAUCCGAUUUGCUAUGUCCUCAAGCCCGAGACGUGCCCCGAGGAUGUGUGGAAGACGGUGGAGGACGGGACUGCGUUGGUCAAGGACUACUACGUGAUUGACGUUGCUAGAGAGGCCCAACAGAUCUCCGAGGAGCUGUGA